AUGCUGUUCUCCGCUACUUCACCGCGGGCCAUCGCGGGGCUCGCCGUGCUUGCUGGUUUAUUCCAGUUUACACGAGCAGAUAUGUUUGAGAAGUCGUGCCAUGACCUGAAACGAAACUUGGCUAUUGAAAAUGCAACCAUAAAUUUGGUUCAAUAUGUCCCUAGCGCAAGCACCUUAAUGUUUCCAGAGAAUGAUAUUACUUGCAAUCGCUCAUCGCAAGCUAUCUCAGCAGAUAUUUGCAGGGUGGCGCUUUAUGCAAAAACUUCGCCAUUUAGUGGUGUCCACCUUGAAGCAUGGCUUCCUCGCAAUUGGACAGGAAGAUUCUUGAGUACUGGCAAUGGUGGAUUAUCAGGAUGUAAGUUCAUUGAUUGCGACCCGCAAGGUACCCUGGGAUUUGCUACUGUCGGUACGAACAACGGUCAUAACGGGACUUCAGGGCUAGCAUUUUUAAACAAUCCCAACGUUAUUGAAGAUUACUCUUAUCGAUCGGUUCAUGUCGGUGCUGCUAUUGGUAAAACUAUUACCAAUCAAUUUUAUAAGCGAAAUUUUACAAAGUCUUAUUAUAUAGGUUGUUCAACCGGUGGCAGACAAGGCUUUCAAUCUGCCCAAAUGUUUCCCAGAGAUUUUGAUGGAAUUGUUGCAGGUUCUCCAACUCUUGCCUUCACGCAGCUCACUGCAUGGGCAGGAUGGCUUGGCCUGGUAACAGGCUAUAACACUACAGAUCCGGGGUUUAUUUCUCCAAAUCUUUGGAAAACUAUCCACCAAGAGAUUUUGAAACAAUGCGAUGGUCUGGACGGUGCAAUUGAUGGAAUUAUCGAAAACCCCGAUUUAUGCCAUCCAAACUUAGACAGCCUACGGUGUCGUUAUCAAUCGACUUAUAGUUGUCUAAAUAAUGAACAAGCCCGCCGUGCUAAUAUGGUAUUUAAGCCGUUUUAUUAUCCCAACGGUUCACUUAUCUUUCCUCGAAUGCAGCCAGGCAGUGAGCUUGAGUCUUCGUCUACAUUUUAUAGCGGCGUACCUUCUCCUUAUGUCAAAGGAUGGCUUAGCCCAGCGAUAUUAUAUAAUCUCAAUUGGAAGCCAGAAACUAUUUCAUUAGCUGAUAUAACCUUCGCUCAAGAGUUAAAUCCCUUCGGGGUAAAUACUCGGAAUGGAAAUCUCAGCGCUUUCAAUACUUCAGGUGGUAAAUUGCUACACUACCAUGGCUUACAAGACUACCUAAUUUCAUCAGAGAACUCUGCACGCUAUUAUAACUUUGUUAGAGAAACGAUGUCAUUGAAAAGCUCAGACAUAGACCAUUUCUAUCGAUACUUUCGUAUCUCCGGUAUGGGGCAUUGUCGUCAAGGUCCUGGGGCCUGGAUGAUUGGGCAAUCUACUAUAGGAAACAAUGGGCUUGAUCCAGGGAGUAACGUCCUGAUAGCAAUGGUUGAGUGGGUAGAGAAGGGCUUGGCUCCUACAACUAUUAAGGGGGUAAAGUUUCGAGGAGAUAAGGUAAAGGAUGGUCUAUCUCUCACAAGAAAACAUUGUAGAUACCCUUACCAAAACAAGUAUGUCGGACUUCAGCCGCCAAGUAAUGGUGACGGCUGGGCUUGCACGCUUGAAUAA